AUGUCUGCCCAUGUCCCAGUAGAUACUAUAGAUUAUAACCUCUGGUUUAAAGACCAGCAAUACGGCCCGGGAGCCUAUCCCACCAUCGAUACCCUGACGUUUCUUUGCCGUCAGGAUGCAGCAAUUUACAAUGCGAGGAUCCGGUUUCAAGAAGAGACAAUGAGAGUCCACGAGACCAUCGCACCAACAACAGCAACAGCCUACGAUAUCACGGAUCUCAGUCGCCACGUCACCGGCUAUUGGGAAAUGAUGCUUGGUAUAGCAAAAGCGGAUCCUGUCUGGGCGGCCAGUUACGCACGCAUUAAUACACCGCGCUCCUUUAAUAGUAGUUGGAGUCGCGCAAAGCAGCACAUCCGGGAGCUUAUCAUUAAGAACCAGCGUGCUGCAGACGCUGCCGUUACCGAGGCUGCCGUCGACGCCGCUAAUGGUGUUGAGGAGGUUGAUGAUGGAGAGGAAGAGGGUAGCGACGAAGAAAGUGUUGGUAGCGUUAUCGUUGUGGAUUGCAACGAUGAUGGGGAAGAGAGUAACGACGAAGAAAUGGAUGCAGACGACGAAGGAGAAGAUGAUAGCGAUGAAGAAAUGAAUGACAGCGUCAUCGUUGUGGAGUAG